AUGGGUGUUCCAAGCUUGUACAAGUGGCUUACGAUGCGUUUUCCAAGCAUUCUGGCCCACCUGAAGAAAGACUUCGACUACAACGUGGACAACCUCUACCUCGACUUCAAUGCAAUCAUCCACCCGUGCUGCAACAAGAAUCUGAACAACCUGAAGGAGAUUGACGCUGACUUGUACGCGAAGCUAGAGAAGUAUAUUGACACUCUGAUGGCAUACUGUAAGCCUAAAAGAAUGAUCUAUAUUUCGGUAGACGGGGUGGCCCCGAAGGCGAAGCUGAACCAGCAGAGAUCCAGGCGAUUUACGAGUGCAAAGGAGACGUACAACUCAAACACGAUCUACGCCGAUCCAAAGGAGACGUGCGACAACCCAAACGUGAAUGUUGCAUUUGACACGAAUUCGAUCACGCCUGGAACCGACUUCAUGGCCCGCCUCGACGACUACAUGAAUCAGCUGAUCAAAUUCAAAAUGAGCACUGAUUCCGCCUGGAAGAAUAAGACGGUGAUUUACUCGAAUUACAAGGUGCCUGGAGAAGGAGAGCAGAAGAUCAUGGAGUACAUGCGAAUGCACAAGAUGGGGCAGAAGGAGACACACGUCAUAUUCUCGCCUGAUGCCGAUCUGAUAUUCCUUGGCCUCACUACGCCUGCCUUGAAUCUGCGUAUCAUGCGAGAAGACGUCCAGUACCGUAGAAACCAGGACGACCAGGAGAACGAGGACGAUUUCAUGAGAAAGAAGUUUGUGAUGAUCAACGAGCAGAAGCUGAAGAUGCUGAUCAUCGAGCGGCUCCAGAACGAGAUCAACAUCCCCUCUGACGGAGACAGGCUGCUUUCUGACUUCGUCUUCCUCUGCUUCUGCAUCGGAAACGACUUCCUUCCUUGUAGCCCUGGCUUCGAGAUCCGCACCAAUGCGAUAGAGAAGAUAGCGAAGUUUCUGAUUCAGACGCACAUGCUCUGCCGCGACUACAUCACGCAUCCUGAUGGAUCUGUGAAUUAUUGGGUUCUAAGGAAGUUCUUUGCAGAGGGGCUGAAGGACGAGGACGAGAAUCUGAUUGAAAAGAGGAGGAAUCUGGAAAGUAGCAGGCUUAGAAUGGGCGAGGAGUUCGACCCAGAGAAGGAGUUCAAGCUUAACAGGGAGGAAGGGAAGCUGAAGUACUACAUUGAGAAGAUGGGCAUUUCGUCAGAAGAGGACCUUAAGGUUGCUUGUAAGGAGUAUGUGAAGGGGAUGGUUUGGAUUUACAAGUACUAUUUCCAGGGGUGCCCAUCUUGGGACUACUAUUUCCCAUACUAUUUUGCACCAUUCAUGUGCGACUUACACGCCCUGAAAGUCGAACAGCUUGAAUUCGAAGACUCAAAGCCACUUGCGCCAUUUGAGCAGCUGCUUUCGGUGCUACCUGCCUACUCGAUGCAUUUGUUGCCACGAGAGUACAGGAAGUUCUACUACGAUCACGGCUACAUCAAAAUACACGAGAAGUACCAGGAUUGGAUUCAGGAUGCAGGACAAAGGGGAUACAUUCACGAGUACAACACUGUUUACGGGAGACUGGGUCAGAAGAAGGAGGAUUGUGCUGGAUUGGAGGUCAAAGACAUCUUCACGUUCUCAGACCUGAAAUUCAGGGUUGAUGACUUCCAGAAAGUGAUGGACUGGCAGUACAUUUCAAUUCUGCCAUUUAUCAAAAGCAGUGAGGUGACUGAUUUUACGACUGAUAAGCGAAUAAAGCUGGGAUACGAGGAUCUGGAGAGAAACACGGCUGGGAUGAGUCUGCUUUACAGCAACAAGACUGGGCUACUUGGAGAGUACGAUUCAGUCUUGAAGAAGACAAACGAGAACAUGCAGGAAGACGAGUAUUGUGGGAAGGUGUAUGCUCCAAUGAAGGUGAGUCGAGUUGGAGAGGACGUAGGUGGCUACUUCAACUACAAGUGCGCCGUAGUCGUCUUUGCCUUCGACCAGGGCUACAGGAAGAAGGUCAUUCCUGGGGAUGCUGAAUAA